AUGGCUCCAAGCAGCGCAAUGACUCCUCGUCCGGAGUCGGAGUUCACCCACCUGGCCACCCCAGACAAUCUCCAGGACAAGCAUGAGAGUCUCGGUUUUUCUCGCAAGUUCGGGCCCUCGACAUGGACUCGUCAUUACGGUUACCUUGGCAAUGCUGCCCAGUUCGUCAUCUUGGUCUCAAUGUUCUUGUACGCGUACGGCCAGAUCUUCUACUACUCGGACGCAUACACCAAGACGGUGAGUUCGAACAUUGGCACGUGGUAUGGCGUCCCUGCCGGCGGUGGUAGAGACGCUGGAGGCCACUAUGAGAUGAUCCGUCCGACCUUCUUCUUCCUGUUCUGCUUCCUCCCGAUAGUGGCGUCUCUGGUGUUGCUCGAAUUGCUGAAACAUUUCAACGUUCGUCGGAUCACGUCCAACUAUAUCCUCACCUUCACACGCCUACUACGUCGUAAGCCGAGUAUCUUCGAUCGGGUGGCUCCCGUCAGUCUCGGUGAGAUUCUGUUCCUGGUGUUCCUGAUUGGCGGUAACGUGUACGUCUUCCAGUAUUUCUAUGUGCGUCGAGUCGAGAGGAACCGGGAAAGAGAUCGCGAAUUCAACUUUGAAUUAUACCUCGAGAUGGUUGCCCUUACGUUGGGCUUCGUGUGUGUCUACAACAUGGCGUUCCUCUUCCUCCCAGCGACGCGGAACUGCGUGUGGAUGGAGUUCCUCAACAUCUCGUACGCUAACGGCAUCAAGUACCACCGCUGGGUCGGAGUCGUCACGGUCUUGACGGCUCUGUUCCAUUGUCUCGGGUACUACUGGUCGUGGAUCAGACAAGGAGAAUGGAAGGAGAACGCCCUACCCUGCUUUGAUUGUGCGGUGGGCAGUGAAGAGGGACACGAUCCGUGGAUGAAUUUCUUCGGAGAGAUCGCUCUACUGGCCUUCCUGGCCAUCGGACUCACUUCCAUUCCGUGGGUACGACGCAAAAUGUACAACACGUUCUACAACGUCCACCACCUCUUCUUGAUCGGCACCAUCUUCGCAGUGUUGCACUGGAACCCGGUUCUUGCGUGGAUCUUCCCUUCGGUCAUGCUGUACACUGUCAGUCGCGCUAUCUCCAGCUCCAAUGGCUUCACCCCUGUGGCUGUACGUGAGUUCACGACGCUGUCUCAUGACGUGGUCAAGGUGGUUCUGUCUCGCUCUACCACUCGAGCUGGAGACUUUAAGGUCGGUCAGUUCGUGUACCUGAAUGUCCCUACAAUCUCCAAGUUGCAGUGGCACGCCUUCACGAUCGCCUCGUCCCCACGUACAAGUCCCGAUACACUGACGAUUCUACUGAAAUCUCUCGGUGACUGGACGGAGGAUCUCGUCAACUACUCGGAGGACUGCAAGAAGAACAAUGUACUACCGACGAUUUACAUGGACGGCUACUACGGCGCGUCACUCGAGAUGUAUGACGAGUAUUCGACCGUCUGUCUCGUGGGUGGGGGCAUCGGUGUCACGCCUCUCUUCUCCGUCCUAGAAGACAUCGUAGCCAAGCUGCAACAGGGUCAACCGUUGCACCAAAAAGUAUUCUUCGUCUUUACGUUUCGCGAGUUGUCACUACUGGAGGAGAUCCAUCCGUUGCUCAUGCAGGUCAAGGAGCUGGACCCACAGCAGCUCCACUUCAGUCUACACUUCAACCUCACGCGUGCCCCCACCAACGACCAGCUCGAUCAACCAAUCGACCACGAACGCCUUGCUGGAAAUCCUCAUGUGUCAGCCACUUGCUACGACACGAGCGUCACGUCCAAGAUACCGAAACCGUUUACCGAACCGCUACGUUCUCGUACCGGCAAAGUGGCCAUGUACACUGUGGUCUUCUUCUUCACGUUCCUUUUCUGGAUUCUGGUCAGGUACGGCAGCAAGAUCCAGGCCGAGAACGAAAACCUAUGGCCACUGCAGAACUUUAUGGAGAUUGUCCUAGUGAUCUUAGUGGCGAUGCUGGGAGUGUAUACGUUUACCUAUGCGGAGGACAAGAUGAAGACCGAGUCUGCUGGAUAUUUGGGGUCAUUGACUCCUGGUGGGAUGCAACCGUACGCCAGUGACGCCCACACUCUCCGCGACCUCGUUGCUGAGUAUAAAGUGGAGGUUGGCCAUCGUCCCAACAUGAAAGAAAUCAUGCGCAAGGUCUACAUCGGCCACAAACACUUCGUCUCCACGCACCCGGACGCUGGCAAUUCGACGGUGGGCGUCUUCAUCUCCGGACCGGAGACGCUUAAACGCGCUACAGAGAGCGCCAUCUCGGAUAUUGGAGCAAACCACUUCGACGUCCACGAGGAAGAGUUCGAACUCUGA